AUGACUCGCAAAAGUGACGCGAACCCCAGUAAGUUCACCAUAUUGGUGGACCUAGGAGGCAUUUUCAUGCAUCCGCCCGUGGGGUAUACACUAAAAUCCGGCGAAUCCAGCGUCAAGCUAGGUCGAAUUCUCUCAUCCUCAAUCUGGAUGGAUUACGAGAUCGGCAGGAUCACCGAGCAAGAGUGCUUUGCACAGGUCGCAAUCCUUUUUGAUUGUGAGCUGGAAGAAUUGAAAGCCUUAGUGUCAAAUCUCCGCGAGACUUUGACCUAUGACAAGGAGGUUCUUUCUAUCUUCACAGAAGUCAAACGCGCCCCAGGGGUUACGAUUGUGCUUGUCUCGAAUAUCGCUGAGCCGGAUUAUCAGGCGCUUCGCCGUCGAUGGGAGGACUCCUUCUGGGACACAUUUGACGAGAUAUUUACCUCGGCAAUGCUGGGUAUGCGAAAACCCAGUCUUGGCUUCUAUGAGCAUGUUCUACGAGUAAUACGUGCUGCACCACGACAAACUCUCUUUAUCGAUGACCAGGCGGAGAAUGUGCUUGCGGCGAUGUCACUCGGGAUGCGUGGUAUUAUCGGUACUGUUGAUCUAUCACGUAAACUCAAGAACUUCACUGGUGACCCUAUUGAGCGCGGGCUUGCAUUUCUGCGACGCAAUGCCGGGGCGCAUUACUCGAUUCCCGUUGGUGGCGAACCGAUUGAUGAGAACUAUGCGCAACUUCUUAUUCUGGAGGCCACGAAUGAUGAGACUCUUGUCGAAUUGAGACGCCCGCCCUGUCUGUGGAAUUUCUUUUCGGGGAAGCCAAAGUAUACAAGCCAGGUGUACCCGGACGAUAUGGAUACCACAGCUCUCGCUCUCGUGGUACUAGAUUAUGAGCCCGAGCUUGCGCACUCCAUUCUUGAUGAAAUGCUCAAUUAUGUAAAUGAGGACGGACUCGUACAGGUAUACACCGACAAGUUCAGACCCAGGGUGGAUGCAGUCAUCGCAUUGAACGUUCUUGUCGCGUUCUAUAAGUAUGAACGAGGCUACGAGCUUCCCCGAACACUAGAUUGGAUUCAGAAAUUUCUGCUGAAUAGAGCAUACAUCUACGGAACUCGGUACUAUCAGAGUCCCGAAUGGUUCCUCUUCUAUGCAUCUCGGCUCUUGGUCUAUUCAAAGGAUCUAAGUCUCAGAGAGAGGCUUGAGGGCCCUCUCAGAACACGUCUUCUUGAGCGAAUCGGCGUCAAUGGUGAUGCCUUUUGUCUGGGAAUGCGUUUGAUGGCUUGUAGCUCUUUGGGUAUUGAGAAUCAUACCGAUAGAGAAGAACUUGCGAGCAUGCAGCAGGAAGAUGGAGGAUGGAAGCCAUGCGCGAUGUACCUCUUUCCAACGGAGAAAAAGGAGAUUGGGAAUCGGGGCACUACGACCGCAUUUGCGGUCAAAGCUCUUCAAGAUGUAUUAUGA